UAAUUUCCAUGUCGACUCAACUGAAGUCCUUUCUCCAUCGUGGUCUUCGCUGGAUAACAUUCCAAAAUUCCAUUUUAUCCAAAUGUUGUUAGCAGCUGCAUCCUGUGAAAGCUUCCAUUCGCCACGAUUGCGGCUGUACUCUACUCGCAUUCCCAAGAAGAACUUCGUUUGUCCACAGUCGGUCAUUUCAAAUUCAUCUGUGAACUGGCGCUUCAGCUUCUCGAUCGUUUGAAUAUUUCUUCCAACAAUUAGAAGAUCGUCGAUAUUAAGCAACAAAUAAAUUGCAGACAGGUCUCAGUUGAAACGUAUAGGCAGUAGUCCCGGUUUGAUCUACGGAACCCAAACUUUAACAAUGACGAGUUGAAGCGGUCAUUCCAGAAUCGUGGAGUUGUUUGAGACCAUAAAGCUCCCAAAUAUUCGAAAAUGUGACUCAAAUAUUCGAAACAGUUAAUAUAAACAAAGUGUACCAUUUUUUUCAGAAAGUUUUAUAAAUACUAAAACGGCGAGGUGUCGACCUUACCUACAGUGUUGAACCAACACUGAACUUCCCCAAAGUUUUUUUGGCAUCAUUCUUCGUGAUGCACCUGAGUCAAACCACAUACCAUUUCUGUGAGAUACUGUUUAACCUUCAAGGCAUACUAGAUUUUGUUAUGGAACAAACUGUCAAAUUGUGUGUCGAUGUAUUGGUGAGGAAGAACACCAUAAGCCCAUCUGAUAUAUACACUCACUUUGGUCAAUCUAUUGGUGAUGAUGAUGAUGAUGAUGAUAGGUCCCACCUCAUACCCCAACACAGGAUUGAGAAAGACGAAGUAUCGUAAGAUAUUAAAUAAACUGGUUUAGUAAUGCUAAUUCAAAUUUAUAUCGAGCAAGUGGUGAGAUCACAGAUGCGUUUAAAAGCAACAACAUGACAACAAAGGAAUUUCCGGAUUUACAUCAACCUUGUAACGUCAAAUAAAAGCGGAAAACGUUAUAAAGCUUCCGGCGUAAUCAAUUGCUCCAUGGGUUUCCUUUUCGUAUAGCCAGUCCAAAGAUAACGUUUUUUAUCUUAGUCCACUGCUUUCCAGUAUUCCCCACAUCUCGCUUAACUGCGAGCACCAGGUUUAACGCUGUUUCACAAGAGUGACCUUCCCUAUAGCCUAAUUGCUCCCGAACCUAGAGCUCAUGAGUAUCAAGAAAUAUAGCUGAAGAGUGUCCUCAACGAUGCGUGAAAAAAGUUUUCCUAUAAGUGGUCUAAGAAACUGUCCAGAGUGCCGCAAAAUCUGAUAAUAGGUGAAAUAUGAGGUGUCCGGCUUUACGUGAUCGCCACUGUAGAAUCAAUACCGAACAAGGAAAAAACUGCAGGCAAAAGUAGUAACCAAUGAUUUCAUCCAAAUAAAUUUGUAAAAUCGUUUCUCCAGCAAUUGAAGCACCCGAAAAACUAGAAAGUACCUGCCUAGCUAUCGGGCCAUACAACGACAGUACCACGGCCAUAAUAACCAACUUCAAUCAUUUAAUGAUCGAAAACUACGUUUCCAUUUAAUCUAAUCGAAAAUCGAAAUACAUACAUAAUGGAACGGAAGCUAUUAUAUGCAUUUCGCGGAUGGAUUGCCUUUGUGGCCUUCAUGGAUUUAGGUACAGCCUUCCGGUGUUACAUAGAGCGACGGAGUUUUCUAGGAGAUCAUUCUGAAACGCAGUUUAUAGAAGGAGACUACACAAUUUCUAGGAUACUGGGAAUAUAUUGUAUAUUAAAAGCAGUCGCAUUAGUUCAUUGUACGCUGUACAUACAUUACAAACCAGUUGUUAGCAUGGGAGGCUGCUCAUUAGCAAUUACAAUGAUGCUAUACAUAACGGAGGCCUUGUAUUUCCGCUCAACUACGUUAAACUUCUACGUUAUAUUUCCUUGCGUUUUGAAUUCGAUAACACUUAUAGGUCUAUUAUAUAUUCCACGUAAAUUGCGACUCUGGGAGCAUCGAAUUGCUUCCGAAAAUGAUGACGAAAAUUCGCAACUGUUGAAGCAAAUGGGAGGAUUCAAAAAAAGACGAGCGCAUAAAAAUAAAACACCAUGAACAGUGUGAAUAGCAUAAUGUGAGGUCUUUUUCUAUUAUCGUUAUUUUCAAAUAGUAUCCCAACCCACCUGUUCUCAUAUAUUUUGGCACCCUCAAGACUUGUUUUCAUGAGUAAGAGUCGACUAUGUUGUAUUACAAAAGUACGGUAAUCCCAACGACCCAACAGAUAACCAUAUCGAUGGUAUAAUCAUUAAAAAAUUCUCACAAUUUUGCACGAUUCAACAUGUUUUCAGACAAUUAUUUAAAACACAAAUAAACAACCUCACAAUCUUGCCUAUACUUGACAAAAUUACAUUUCUAUUUCCGAAGAGUGUCCAUAUCAAUUUUACUCGAACCUUUUUUCCUUCUUCGAAAAGCCAUAUGUAAGAAAUUCAUACGCCUUGUGCACCAAUUGCAACAUGCUAUAUAUUUCAUGGUAGCUAACACAAGAAAUCAAAUCUUCGCAAUGAUAGAAGGAAUAGAAUACAAGUAACCAUUUCAUAAUAAUUUUCUACGCCUUCCAACUAUUGGGUAAAAAGAAAGGAAAAAGAAAGAUAUUUCAUAUAUGACGAUUUGCUAACACCACGAAACAAUUAAAAUGAAGGCUUGAUGACAAUGUUUAUUCAAGAAAAUUCAGGGGUAUUAAAUUAGUAGAAGCAGAUGGACUUUACAACAACACAUUGUGAAUGCAACUAAGCUUUAAACAUUUAUAACACGAAUUCUAACGCAUGUCACGUGCCGUAAAUAAUAGUAUCACAUAAUUUAGGGUAAAAGAAAAGAUUACCCCUUGGUUGCCUUACUAAGCGCCUCAAAAUAUGUAAUUUAAUUAUUUAUCACAUUGGUUUGGCUAGUUCAGUGUAAACGUUCAUUGAAAAAGUGAAGAACAAUUGUUGGAAUUACUCAUUAAAUUCGAUUUUCCAAACAUUUAACAAGAAUAGCAACAAGUAAAGUUUUUAAGCACUCCAGUUCCUAACUCCGAUCCAGUAUUGAAUCAGCCAAGGGGUAAAAUUUACCUUAAUAGAAUAUUUUGUUCGUCGUCUAGCUUUCAACGAAGAAAGUAAAAAAAAAACUAUUUGACACCCUGAUACCAUAAACGU